CAGGAGGUGAUAGUCUUCAGCCCAGCUCGCUCUGCAGUCUUCGCGUAGCAAAAACAAUGGCCACAGCGGCGGCAGCUCGGCACGUGGUCGCAGUGCCGUACCCCGGCCGAGGUCACGUCAACCCCAUGCUCGUCGUGUGCCGCCUGCUCGCCGCCGCGGACGCUGCCUUGAGCGUGACCGUCGUCGUCACAGAGGAGUGGCACGCGCUGCUGGCCGCAGCGGGGGUGCCCGGCACGCUCCCCGACCGCGUCCGCCUCGCCACCAUCCCCAACGUCAUCCCCUCCGAGAGGGUCCGCGGCGCCGACUUCGCAGGCUUCGUCGAGGCCGUGCAUAUCAAGAUGGUGGCGCCCGUCGAGCGGCUGCUGGACCGGCUGUCCCUGGAGCGGAAGCCGGACGCCAUCGUGGCCGACACCUUCCUGGCUUGGGGCGUUGGGGUUGGAUCUGCGCGGGGGAUACCGGUGUGCUCGCUGUGGACGCAACCGGCCACGUUCUUCUUGGCGCUCUGGCACCUGGACCGUUGGCCGCCGGUGGAUGGUCAUCAAGGGGAAGAAGGCCUAAGCUGCAGGUCCCUGGAUCAAUAUCUCCCGUUCCCAGCCCUCGCGCCGGUAAAAUGUUCUGAUAUGAAGACCCUCCGCUCCAUGGUGCUGCCAAUGAAACGGCUAGCGCAGGUGUUCUCCAACCUGCGCAAGGCACAGUGUGUCCUCUUCACCUCCUUCUACGAGCUCGAAACCGGCGCCAUCGAUGGAACAUCGCAAGUGGUUCCAUGCCCUAUAUAUGCAGUUGGCCCUUCAAUUCCAUAUAUGCCACUGGAAGGUGAUUCGGGCGAGUUUCACCAUGAAGAAGACUACUUCGGUUGGCUGGAUGCCCAGCCAAGAAGCUCGGUACUGUACGUCUCAUUUGGCACCCAUGUCUCGAUGCCUUCGUCUCAGCUGGAAGAGGUCGCCCUGGGGUUGCAUGAAAGCACGGUUAGGUUCUUCUGGGUGGCCCGGGACAGAGCUAGCACCGCCACCCUUGAGCAGAUCUCUGCUGGUGGCAAGGGCUUGGUGGUGCCGUGGUGUGACCAACUGAAGGUCCUGUGCCACCCCUCCGUCGGUGGCUUCCUGAGCCAUUGUGGGUGGAACUCGACCCUGGAGGCCGUGUUCGCUGGAGUGCCGAUGCUUGCCUUUCCCGUUGCUUGGGAUCAGCUGGUGAUUGGCCAUCUCGUGGCUGAUGAGUGGAAGAUCGGCGUCGACUUGAGGGAACGGAGAAGGGAGGAUGGUGUUGUCGGAAGGGCCGCGAUCUGCGAUACUGUAACGAAGCUUAUGGAUUUGACUGACGAUGAUAGCCUAGAGAUGAGAAGAAGGGCUGCGGAGCUGAGAGAGGCUUCACGCCGCGCAGUUCAGGAAGGUGGAUCUUCUCGGUGUUCUUUGAACAGUUUCGUUAGAGAUGUCAUCGAAGGAAGACUGAAUGUUGCAGAAACUUCACGGUAGGUUUUUGCUUGAAUUUGUAGUUUCAGGGGGACAGAACUGUUGCUCGUAGGCAGAAACGUUGUGCUCCUGCAAGUAAAGGUACGUGGCUCCUAUCAUGUUCACGCAUAUUCACCGCCACCCCACUCGCAACAAUUAUUACUGGCUUGAAAUCACGAUUGCCACAGUGCAGGAGUAUAGCUGCACAUUUUCUGAAGCUGAAAACAGAAGACUUGAUGCUGUCUGUAGCAAAGAUGGGGGACAGCGAUAGUGAUGGCACAAAAAAUUCUGUGCUCCUGGACUUGUGUAGGUUAUGCACGUGAUGAGCAAGCGUGUAUAUAGCCAUAAAAAAUAUUGUUUUACAUCGUAUAUUAUUUAUAUAGUAAAGUUUGGAUAAGAAGUGUGAUGGGGAAGGAUAAGAAAGACUUCUAGAGCAGCCUAAAAAUAUUAAUAUCGUGGAAUAAUCAAGAGCUUUGUAUCGUAACAGAGUUUAUAUGUACUUCUUAAAAAAGUGGUGUUGUAUUUUAUAUACCAAAGUUUAUAGGUU